AAUAAUGCGUGUUACCGCUGUGCUGUGAUUUAUAAACGUGCAUGUACAGUACAUGUACUGUACUUGCAAGUUGCCGUGUGUGUUUACAUAUCUCCAUAAGUUGUACAACCAGAAAGCAAAGCCCGAUGAUAAUGAAGAAAUGGGGCUGCUUAUAAAAUUGGAGGGGACUGCACCGUAGAGUUGGAUUAUACUCUGUACCUUGGAACUAGAGGGCGUUCGGAACGUGAUCAAGUGAUUCCGCUAAAUUAACGGACUUGUCACGAUGGGUCAGACUGUCUCCGGAUACAUCCAGCCAUGGAUUCAACCUUGGGCAGAGUAUUUCUUGGACUGGAAAGUUCAACGCUACAUGACCAAGUUGAAGCCGGAGGAUCUCAGAGAAUGGGAAGUGUACGAUUACGAGGGCGUGGCUCUCAAGCAGGAUAAUCUCCCGAGCACUAUGGAGGAGCUGAAGACACUGGAGAUCCGACAGGAUGACGUGUUCAUCGUCACCUAUACCAAAGCAGGCACGACCUGGACGCAGGAGAUCAUGUCCUGUGUGCUUCAUGAUGGCAACCUGGAUGAAGUUAACAAAAGACACACGAUGAAAAGGGUCCCUUUCUUGGAAAUGAAUACGGGAGGCACAGUGCACAGUGAUUGCCCUCGAACUCACCGGAUGAUCGGUUGGAUGCCCAGGAGUUCUCCUCGCCUCAUCAAGUCCCACCUCCCGGGUCAACUCCUCCCUCCCCAGGUCUGGGAGAAGAAGGUCAAGAUCGUCUACGUCAUCAGGAACCCAAAAGACGUGGCUGUGUCCUACUUCCAUCACACUCGACUGUUGUGUCCUCAUCUGGAUAUCAGCUGGGAUUAUUUCUUCGAAAAAUUCCACAGCGGUGACAUUGGCUAUGGCAAGUGGUGGGAGCAUUACCUCUACUUCUGGGAAAGGAGAAACGAAGACCACAUUCUUCUUCUGCGAUUUGAAGACAUGAAAAAGGAUCUGAGGGGUACUGUGAAACAGAUUAGCGAGUUCCUUGGCAAAUCUUUCUCGGAUGACAUAAUCGAUGCCAUCACCGACCACUGCACCUUCGCCAACAUGAAGAAGAACCCCAUGACCAACCCAGAUGUCCUCAUUCAACAAAUCGUAGGAAAACGAGAGGGUGUUUCCUUCAUGCGAAAAGGUGUCGUUGGGGACUCCAAGACGCAAUUGUCUGAAUCCCAGGCGGAAGCUAUCGACGCCUUGUGCAAAGAGAAGUUGACAGUGGUAGGUCUCACUUUCGACUGAUGCGGUUCCACUGCAUUCUUUUGAAACGAAUACUUUUAGUAACACCUUCAAGAGUACUCAAUCAAGAGUGAUUUCCGAUUAUUUGUUCAAGUUUUACGCGUGAAAACAUGCCAACUCUUUGAGUUAGCCUUUAUGCUGCUUUUUAGAGUACAGAAAUUGUCUUUUUUAUAUGGAGUUUAGGGUUUAUUCACAAUGAUUUGUACUAUCUUUUAAUCUAACUGUACAUCUCCAGAAGUGGUAUAUUCACAAAGCCAAAUUGUGCAAAGUUAGCAUCACCCCAGUUGCGUCAGUUAAAGUGUAAUGUUUAGGUAGUAAGCUCUGAUACUGUGGUGAAUAUUUUUGCCAAAAAAGUCCUUUUCAUCAACACAAAUGAUCCAUUGGGAGGACAAUUGGGAGAUACAAAGAAAGGUGAGCUACUGAAGCUUGAAAAUAGUCACCCUGCAUGAGGACAUAUCGAAUUAAGGUUUGAAGUCUUUCAAUUUAUUUCUCACAACGCAGUAAUUGACUCUCACUUCUACAAUGAAUUCUGAAUCACGUUUACACUAUCAGUGACGUGUGUCUGAGACCAAUAUCACAAGAUAAAGUGCCCUUGCAUUGACUGAAAGGUUCAGGUGAUAGGCCUAUACAAGCGCAGUGUGUUAUUCAUGAAGGGAAACAUGAGACUCAAAUCAGGAUCCAAACCGCAGAUUCAAACUUCCCGCACAGACUAAUUGUGGGUUAUUCAAAAGGAAAGGAUAGCUGGUGUUUUCCAUUUCUGCUCUUCAUUUACAAGUUUACCAUCGAGUAACCCAAUUAACCACAUUUAUUUCACGGCGUUGAGGUCGAAUGCUUUAAACUCCUUGAGAACGCCACAUAAUGGCAGACAAAUACAGAGAUUUGUUUAAGUAGUGGUUGUCGAUGUUCUGUGAAGUCGAUUUUUUUGGUGCUGUACGCUUAAUUUUUUCUCCCUUCUGUCACUUUUAUGUCGGCCUGUUCGCGUAGCGACUCACCUGUUGAGUUGCUCUCUUACUUUUGCCGCUUCUCGGCUCCGCUUUCACUCGAUUUAAUGUUAAUUGUCUCCAGAAAAUGCGUGGAAAUUGUUUUUUAGUGGAUAUAUGUUACAACGAAAAUGUUUGUUGGGGUACAACAAAAAGUGAAGUAGAUUUACUGACCACGCAAGUAGCCCUCGUGGUGCCAAUGGACUUACUAAAACACUGUAAAUGUACAGCAAGUAUUUUAAGUGUGUCAUAUUGAAAGGUGCACUUUUAAAUAUUCAAGGACUUUAAAUAGACCUACGAACCGUCUGAAGCUGAAUCAUCUAUCUCUAAGGAUCCAAUUUGCCUUGAGAUUUAUAUUUUCAUGCAGCUGUUGAUAUAGAACUAAUGAUGAUGCCACUUAUUUUUAUAGACCGUACGGUCAAAUAUAUGUUUUUCGACCGAGCAAUACCUUAUGUUCUUAAAUACACGGGGCUCCUUUUCAGAGGAACUUAAUAGUCGGUUAAAUAAUUUUUAGCCACCAAUUUAUAGACUGAUCCGAUUAGACGCCAUAACUGCGGUGGCACCGCACUCACGCACAUUCUUCAGCUUGACGCGCGCGUGCAUUUG